AUGCCGCCCAAGGCAGCCAAACCCACGAGCGAUGAGCUACUUGCUCAGUUCGACAAUCUUGACGUCAAGCCGUCCGACAAGCCCAAGCCCGCAACCGCCCCCGACCAUGCGAAGGCGGACGAGGAAGACCCCCUCGCCGAGCUCGGUCGUCUCAGCUACACAGCGACCCAGCAGUGGCCCCGUGCGACGCUUGAUCGACCAAAUGAGGAGAAGACGUCCGCUCGUCAGUCGGGGGAGACAGGUCGCACUUCUCGCACGGGUGCUAAGCAGGAGCAGCCCAAGCCAGAGCCGGAGAUCUCAGAGCAACAAGAGUCUCAGGGUGGUGGAUGGUGGGGAGGAUUAUUUGCUACGGCUAGUGCAGCCAUGAAGCAGGCUGAGGCCGCAGUCAAGGAAAUCCAGAAUAACGAGGAAGCUCAACGAUGGGCUCAGCAAGUAAAGGGCAACGUUGGAGCCCUCAAAGACUUUGGCGGCGAGCUUCGCAACAUGGCGAUUCCGACAUUCACAAAUCUCAUCCACACUCUUGCCCCUCCCAUUUCAUCCCACGAACGUCUCCAAAUCCAUGUCACCCACGACCUCUCUGGUUAUCCCGGUGUUGACCCGCUGGUGUAUGCCGUUUUCUCGCGUGUGAUGUCCCAAGUCGAGGGUGGUGACCUACUAGUGAUUCAGCGGGGUCAGGAAUCAGCCCCGAAGCGCGGACUCGAUGUCGGCGGCUACAUUUCCAGUGCGGGCUGGAGCGACGGCCCCUGGUGGAGGACAGUCACUCCCGGCACCCCGCGGACCGUUAAUGCAGUGCGCGGUGCCGUUGAGGCGUCCAAAUUGGCCCGUGCUAGUGCUGAGAGCUACGCGACAGAGUAUUUUUCGGCGAAAGGUGGUAUUGAAGAAGCGGCAAAGCUGGCGACCGAGGUGCUGAGCGAGUCCAACCCGGUCCGCAGCAGUGACAUCUUCCUCGCGAUUCAGGCCAUCAGCCAGACCGUCCCGGCCGAUAUGUUCCAGGCCGGCGCAUCAGGCGAGAAGGAAUCCUCCGGCGCUGUUGAGCCUACGGAGCAAGAUGAGGAGAUCACAUUCGCUCUGUACCUCCACGAUCCUAUCCACGGCAUUGCCUUCCAUACCAUUUCCCAGGCAAUUCCCCAGAAGUGGAUUGAGUGGCUUGAUGCAUCUGCACCAGCUGUCGAGGAUGCGGAGUUUGAAGAAGCACAGGUGCCUCGCACAACAGUUCCCGAGGCCAUCGCCGAGAUCAUCGAGAGCGGCGGUGUGGACCCGCGCGAAUGGGUUGCAGAGUGGAUCGAAGAGACACUGUCGUUGGCGGCAGGAGUCGUCGCUCAGCGCUACGUCGCCCGCCGUAUGGGCGUUGGCGAAGGUGGAGUUGGCAAGGGCAAGAUGCGCGCUGAGCAGGCGACUACAGUUGAAAGCGGUGCUGGCGAGGCCGCGCGCGCGAUUUGA